UAGCAAUUUUUGAAUCUAAAAACUCUAUAGUAUGAAAAUGUGAAAUGCGCAUGUUUGUCGGGUUUGAGUUCUUUACGGAAAAAUCAAGAUGUCCACACAUAAAAAGAAGACAAGGAAGCUUCGUGGGCACGUAAGCCAUGGUCAUGGCCGUAUUGGCAAACACAGAAAGCAUCCUGGUGGUCGUGGUAAUGCUGGUGGUCUUCAUCAACAUCGUAUCAAUUUCGACAAAUACCAUCCUGGAUAUUUCGGAAAGCUUGGUAUGAGAAACUUCCAUCUUCGAAGGAAUACUAAAUGGUGUCCAGCUCUUAAUUUAGAUAAAUUAUGGACCUUAGUAUCAGAACAACAGAGAUUGAAAUACAAAGAUAAUACCAAUGGAAAAGUACCUGUUAUUGAUCUCGUCAAGGCAGGUUAUUACAAGUUAUUAGGUAAAGGAAGGCUACCUAAUCAACCCGUAAUUGUUAAGGCCAAAUUCUUCAGUAGAAAAGCUGAAGAUAAAAUUAAAGCAGUCGGUGGCGCAUGUGUUCUUAGUGCUUGAAUUUCGGGUUUCCGAACCAUACGAUUGGUACGUUGGUAAUCAGUGGAAUAAUUCCAUCUUAAGAGAAGAUUUGAAAUUAAGAAUUUAAUUUUAUUUUUUAUAGUGACCAUCAUUUCUACGGCUGCAUCAAAACCAUCUUUGAACUCUUAUUAAUAAAAUUAAUAAAAAAUA